UUUUUUUCUACGGCCAUGCCUCCGCCUCUUCCAUUACCUUCAUCCUUCCCAGCUGCUCCCGAAGUUCUACUUCCGCAACAGGUACGGAAACCGGAUACGAAUUUACUACAGAGCAGCAACAACAACGACCCUUGGCCAAAAGCUUUUUCUCCCGAACUAGAACAAGAACAAACUUUAGACAUCAAACAGCAAAAUCAGGAAUCUUUGUCCCAGCAUAAACAACAGCCGUAUGAAGAAUCACAACAACAGGGGCAACAAUCUUUUCCUCUCUAUCAACAUCAGCAACCUUUCAUACAACUACCUACUAUAAUUGCCUCUCCUUCCUCAACACCAUCAUCGUCGAUUAUACCCCCUUCCUUAUCAACCUAUCCUACAGUCUUCCAAAGCUCACUUGAACAAUAUCCAAUUAGCGAUCCACAGCAACCGUCUUUUCCUUCACCUCCAGUGUCGGAUGACGAAGACAUUACGUGGUUCGUGAUCUUGCUUCUCGCGAUAGCUAUCAUCAUUACAAUCGCCACUGUUAUUCGAUCCUGUGGCCAAAAGGCUGGAUGGCUCACAGGAUCUUCAUCAUCGUCGCAGUCAUCAUCUCAGAGCAGUCGUCAUGGUGGAGGAAGUGCUGGGCGCGGAGGUAGAGGAGGUCGAGGUUAUGGAGCGCACCCCAUUCCAAAUUGGGAAGAGGAUCCGGAGGCGACUGAAGAAAGGCUGGCUGCCCUGUCAGAUAGUGAACGACAAGCAUAUGAUGCUGCACAUGCCUUCCAAUUAGUCCAUCCACCCAACAGUAUACCUACAGACAUCUCGCUAUCUCAAUACCUCUCAAUUCAGGAAAAGGGCGUUUCCGCAUGGGAGUUUGAGGCGUCUUAUGAUCAUCAGCUCUAUGUCCACGACAGGACGGAGCUCUCAUUCUUUGACCAGAUCGCGUGUGUUCAAACUAAUUUGCCUUUACCAAAGCAGCAGGAGGUAUACUAUUGGGAAGUCAAGAUGUUUGAAAAGAGUCCCAACACCAUUGUUUCUGUCGGUGUCACCACCAAGCCCUAUCCAACAACUAGGUUACCAGGAUGGAAUCGUCAUUCAGCAGGAUACUUUUCUCACAAUGGACAGAAAUACUGCAACUCUCUCUGGAGUGGUCACACAUAUGGUCCCAUUUACUUUGAGGGAGAUGUUAUUGGAUGUGGAUACCGACCACGGCACGGUACUAUCUUUUUCACACGCAAUGGCAAACGUAUCGAAGAUGCUUACACGGGUUUUGGAAGGAUGAAUCUGUUUCCGACUGUGGGGGCAACAGGGCCAUGUGUAUUACAUGUAAACUUUGGGCAGUCAGGAUUUGUAUUUGUAGAGGCCAAUGUCAAGAAAUGGGGUCUAGCACCUGCAAGUGGAUCACUGGCCCCUCCUCCUGCAUAUGGUAGUGAGAUGGGCUCGAUCCUGUUGGAGGCAGCGGGAUCUGAUCCGAAUCAUCAUUUGGGUUCCAUAGGCGGCAGCUCACUUGUUUCUAGAGGUAGACCGAUACUUCAGUCAGGCUCUUCCAGAACACGGGUACACAGCGCAGGAGCAUCACGAUUCGAGGAUCUAUCGUCACGAGUGGCAACGACAAAUGGAGUUGGAACUGGCGAAGGUGUUGGCUCAAACUCUGGAGCUGAGAUACAGAAUGGUGAUCGGACAUCAGCAUCGCCGGUCCGGAUCUCGAUUGGCACCAUGUUGCCGCCCCCACCCAACUAUUCGAGUUUGGAUCGGUAUGGACACCCACGGUACAACGAUGUUACGGCUACAGAACAAGGGACGGAUGGCCAUGGAUACAGCCAUAGUCCUGGAGAUGCUGAGGAUGAUGAUGCUAGUAGUAUUACAAGUACACAAAGCGAUGAAUCUGCGACAUUUUUGUUGGCUAACGCUCAACGUGAAGAAGUGCAUCAUGUUGAAUCAAUGAACAGUUUUGAAUAAAGAAAGCGCUGUGGGCGAUAUUGUAU